UUAUAAUUUUAAAGAAGAAAUUAGUCAUUUGUAGUGGAUUACUUUUUUUGAGUAACUUACCCAACACUAAAUACUGCAACACUGUUAGUGUGACUUUUCUAAUCAAUUGGUUUUUCAGUCAGCAUUACAUAGUCUCAGAUUUCGACGGGAUGCCCAUGGACCUCUCACAAAGAUCAUUGGCAAUGACUAGUUUGAUGAAGCAAUGCUUGAUAUGGAGCUGUUGCAAAGCUAAACUCAAUGUGUAGGGCAUUAAUAGGGUGAGAAACAAACCGUCUGAUGCAUAUAUAUUUUACACAAAACUGGCAAACUCUAUCUAAAAAUUGGCAGUUCCAAUCUGAUUGGCUAGCUUUCCAGCAAUUUCCGGCUGUCGGGGUGCACCAGUCUGCCAGGAAUGAAAUUGCAUUUACAAUGUAUGGGCCUGAUACAUUGAGCGCUUUUGAGGAUGAACUAAUUACUGGAUAUGCUGAAGUUUGCCAGGUUGCACAUGAAGAUGCAUCAUUCAGUACCUAUCAUUGUGUUGACACUCUUAUGCACACUACCAGGAAUAGACGGAGGCAAAGUGCUGGUGUUUCCACUAGAUGGAAGUCACUGGGUAAACAUGAAGAUCCUUAUAGAGGAACUGCAUGCCAAAGGGCACAACGUUACUGUGUUGAGAGCCUCUAACAGCUGGUAUAUCAAGAAGGAUUCUCCUUUCUACAAUUCCAUCACCAUUCCAAACACUGGAGGAUUUGAUGAGGAGUUUUUCAGUUCAAUGAUCAAUCAGCUCUUGAAGAUUAAAAGAGAAGGGAAUUCCAUUUGGAACCGCAUUCAACUGCAGUAUGAAGUCAUCUUGAAAUUUAAAAGCAUGCAUGAAGAUAUGACACAGAUGAUCGAAAAUAUAUUAGAGGACAAAGUAAUUAUUAAAUCAAUCCAAGAUGCCCACUAUGAUGUAAUACUGGCAGACCCAGCUGUUGGAGGUGGUGCGAUACUAGCGCACAAAUUUAAUAUUCCUCUGGUUUUUAAUGCUCGGUGGACGAUUAAUGGAGAGGGACAUUUUGCUAUUGCUCCUUCACCUCUGUCUUACGUUCCUGUCCCAGGAAUAGAGUUAACAGACAUGAUGUCAUUUCUCCAACGGGCCAAGAAUGUUUUGAUUUACUUUUUCACCCUGUUCCAGAUCACAAAGAUCGCUGACCCCCCCUACAAAUCUCUCUGUCACAAACAUUUCGGUCCUGAUGUUCAUUACUUCACCCUUUUCCAGGAUGCAGACAUCUGGCUCAUGAGAACUGAUUUCACUUUUGAGUUUCCAAGACCCACAAUGCCAAAUAUCGUCUACAUGGGCGGCUUCCAGUGUAAACCUGCUAAGCCACUUCCAGCAGACCUUGAGGAAUUUGUGCAGAGCUCUGGACAACAUGGAGUCAUCAUCAUGACUUUAGGUACCCUUAUUGCUCAGCUUCCACAUGAUGUCACAGAAGAGAUAGCGGCGGCUUUUGCUCAAAUUCCCCAAAAGGUUAUUUGGAGAUACACAGGACCUCGACCUGUUACCCUUGGAAACAACACAUUACUUGUAGACUGGCUCCCCCAGAAUGAUCUGCUCGGACAUACCCAGAUUAAAGCAUUUGUAGCACAUGGAGGCACCAAUGGAGUUCAGGAAGCCAUCUACCAUGGGGUGCCUAUCGUGGGUCUCCCUUUAGUGUUUGAUCAACCUGACAAUCUCUUCAGAAUGGAAGCGAAGGGAACGGCAAAAAAUGUAGAUAUUGGAACUCUGGACAGAACUGUGUUUCUUGAAGCAUUAAAGGAGGUAUUGUAUAACCCAGUUUACAAGGAAAACAUGCAGAGACUGUCCAGGCUACACCAUGAUCAGCCAAUGAAACCCCUUGAUCGUGCUGUCUUCUGGAUUGAGUUUAUCAUGAGGAAUGGAGGAGCCCCUCAUUUACGAACACAGUCUUUCAGAAUGUCCUGGAUUGCUUAUCACUCUAUAGAUGUUAUUUUGACUUUAAUUGCAACUCUUUUCAUUUGUGUAUUUUUGACUAUGUAUGUGAUGAGAUAUCUUUUUAGAGUUUUAUUCAAAACUAAAGUAAAACGUGUGUGAUAUUAAGACUAGAAAAAACAGGUAAUUGUUAAUUCGAUUUUUGUAGAUAAAAUGAAAGAAUUCAUGAAUAUUUGUUUUUGUUUUGUUUUUUGCAUUCAAAAACUACUGUAAGUUAUUACAAAAUUGAGAAUAUUGAGCCAAAGUACAUGGCCAAAAUCAUUUACAUGCAUGAGUGACAGUACAAUACUAAAAAAGGUUUAACUUGGAAACCUUUUUUGUUUAACUUGGAACAGUUCCUAGAACUGUUCCUAGAAACAGUUCUAGGAACACUAUAGCCAAAUUAGAGGCAAUUAAUUGCAUCAUGUACAUGAUACGUUAUCACUCCCUGACUUAUAAGCCUACAUGGUAAGAAGUUAAGUCUAUUAAUGACACUUACAACAGUCCCUAACACUUACAGAUGUAGCUUGGUUUGUUGAAGCAGUAUUUAAAAGAUCAAAAAGAGAUUCUUUCAUAACAAAAAAUCAAAAGAUUCUUCCAUAACAACAAAUAAUUGAACAACUAAAGAUGCUGUAUAUGUGAAAGUAUUUGAAUAGUUUUAAGACAUUUACAGCAUGGCCACUAUUGCUACAGUACCAUCCAGAAUUACAGAUUAAAGCCUCACGGUGUCUUCACCGGACAUAAAUGGCAUGUCGCAUCGCAUCAAAAGCAAUUAGAUCCCAUUAUAGCCUAAUCAAUGAUGCCAAAUAUCAUAUGUGUGAAUCUUUGUGCCAUGAAUUUUAUUAGCUAUACAUUUAAAUAACUUUGGACUGUUAAAUUAAAGCCAGCUUGUGAUCUUUCUGGUCUCUGGUCUACUCAUCUUUUGUUUUUAACUACAUGUAUACGCAGUUUUAGCAACAAUAACAUAAUCAUAAUUAUAAUAAGUAAAUGUAUAUACAAGUGGAUGUCGGUUGAAAAUAAAAUAUAAUACAGAUAAUUCUCCUAUUUACCCAUUGCUGAAGUCUUCUCAACUCACAAUGUGCUUUCUGCACGUCAUUUAAAAUGUUCACUUCAUCGAAGUCUGCACUAGAAGUGACUUUGACGCUUCCAGUGCAGACAGCCUCAAGUCUUUGCGUCACGUCAACGGACACGUCCGGUUCAGACAGGGUCUAGUGCUGCAUUCCUCAUGAAGUUGGAGGUAGGAAUACCAGUUUAAAUUUCCCACUUCCAACCUCAAUGUACUGUAUUACCAGUGCUGGGCAGAUUACUUCUGAAUUGUAAUUGGGAACUGAUUACAAAUUACAUGACAAAAAUUGCAAUCAGUAAUGUAAUCGCAGAUUUCAUUUUCAGGAUAAUAUAAUCCGAUUACUUUUGGACUACUUUUAGAUUACUUCCAACCAAACUCUUUUAUUUGAUGUCACAUGCAUUUCUUAUGGGAGUUUCUAGAAAUAUGGACAGGUUCCCGGGGUGUGUUAAACAACCGUGGUCAUGCAAUUUUGCCAUUUUAAAAACAGCAUCCUUGUGUGGUAAGAUAAAAGACCAGUUAUAUUUGGGAAUCAACAUAACAAAAACAGCCUCAAGGUUAUCACUAAAGCAAAAGUGCAUUUUAAAACCAAGUACAAAAGCAAUUCACUAAACGAAAAAAAUGUACGCCAUUAAUGCAACUGUAUAACAAUGUGAAUAUGAAAUUAUGUGUAUUUUGGCAUUUUGAUGCGUUUGAUGGACAAAACCCUUCCAAUGACCUAGUAACACUUAGUUAAAUUACACAGAGUGAUAAUUCAAAUAAUACUUAAAAUGUGUUCGUCAGGAGUUAAGAAAUUUAAGAAACAUGCAAACUGCUGAGUGACUCCAGCCAGGUCUCCUAAGCAACCAAAUUGGUUCGGUUGCUAGGGAGGAGUCACAUGUGGUCACAAUUAGUGGUUCUCGCUCUCAAUGUGGCGCGUGGUAAGUUGUGCGUGGAUCGCGAAGAAUAGCAUGAGCCUCCACAUGCUGUGAGUCUCUGCGGUGACAUGCACAAGAGCCACGUGAUAAGAUGCAAGGAUUGACUGUCUCAGAAGCGGAGGUAACUGAGACUUGUCCUCCACCACCCGGAUUGGGAAUUGGGCAUGCCAAAUUGGGGGGAAAAAAGGGGAUAAAAUAAAAAAUAAAAUAAAAAAAGAAACAUGCAAACAUAUCUUCAAAUGCUUCUUUAAAUUUGACGUUGAAUCCUUUGCAGUUGACAGGAUAUUAAACUUUGGAAGGCAGAGUUUACAUUGCACAGUGAUUUUUUCCCCCCGAAUCGCCUUGAAAGUGAAAUUAUCACUGUAUAUCCAGUGGUCAAAUGCUGAUUUAGACCGCUCCAUCUUCACCUGGCUAAUGACGAGUGUCAGGUCUGUGGCAAUUUGAAAACCCUUCCCCUCUCCCUCUCUUCCGAAAACACUCAAAGAGUGACUGAACACACAUAGCUAGGCUGAGUGAAAAAUGUAAAAGAUUUUAAAAAGAGAACAUUUUCAUAUAAUUAACAAUUUACUGCUGUUGCCUAAUUAACAUCACAAUCUUUUCACAAAAAUCAUCACAAAAAUGUGUAAGCAUGCUUGGCAAUAAAGCUCAUUCUGAUUUUGAUCAUGUAAUCCAUAAGAAAAUAACUAGUCUGAUUAUGAGUAUUUUAAUCCAAUUACAAGUACUUGAUUUUCAUAAUCUGAUUACGUAAUCCAGAUUACAUGUAAUCAGUUACUACCCAGCACUAUGUAUUACAUUCAAACACGUGUCAUGGUCACAUGUACACACCACAAGAUGGAGCCAUGUCUCAACAAUAAUAUUCUGUAUUUGUAUGCCAUUUUUCAUUACAACAGCCUCAAACCAGAAUUAAAACAGUUUAUAUGGCUGUCCCAAAAUCAGUAGGCUAAAUUAAUAGUUUAUAAUAGCCACGUUAUUCAGAACUCUGGGAGUGUAUUUGUAACCUAUCCUGAUGUCAAAAAUAAUGGCAUGCACAGUCUUCCAGAUGCUAGCUAGCUGACUAUCUAAUAGCUAUUCAACAAGCACAUAGGUGAAAACGUAGACAUUGAGUGAUAUAAAAACAAUUCUUCUCGUAUAUUUCUAGUAUAUUGCAUGUUCAUAUAUUUCAUUUUAUUUUUCACAUAACCCAGCUCAGUGCCAUUCUCUUUAGUCACCGCCAUCUUGGAAAUGAUGUCAAAUGUUGCUUCUCGCUGAGGUCUGGGUUGGUCAAUCCAUCCUGACUUCAAAAGUAGGAAUUCCAGCUUUGAGCGCCUUUCCAGUCAUUAUUUUCAAGUAGAAGGUGGGAAAAUUCUGAGUUCCAAGUUGUCUGGAACACACCACAAGAAUGGAUCGGAGAUUACAUAUUGGAUAGUUCCUACCCUGAAUUCCGAAUUAUUGGAUGAGUCACGUUCAAAACUGUUGUAAAAUUACUAUAAAUGCAUACCUGGAAUAGCACAUUUUGUAUGAAUGCACCAAGUUUCUACGUUGUUACUAUGUUGUGAUGUAACAGUUAGGAAAAUUAACUGUAUUACUUGGUGGACAAACUGUUUAUUCAGAUUGUUAUUAAAACAUUGAACUGCUUAUUAAAAA